AUGUCGGAUGGUAGACAGCGACUUUCUGGUGCAGAAUAUAGGAAGAGAAAACGUGAAAAAGAAGCUGUAAUCAAAAAACAGUCUAAUUCUAUCAAAAAAUUUUUAACGGGUUCUUCCUCGUCAUUAGAUAUUUCAAAUGCUGUAGUUGUACAACCUAGUGAAGUUUUUGACUCUUUCUCAGUUAUAGAUGCCACUGUACCUUCUGAAACUACAGUAGCCAAAAAUAUAACAGACAGUGUUGUAAUGCAACCCAGUGAGGUUUUUGACUCUGUCUCAGUUGAAGCAGUCACUGUACCUUCUGAAACUACAAUAGACAAAAGUUUAACAGAAAAUGUCAAUCAAAAUUCCUUUAAUUCUUUAAUUAAUAUUAGUACAGACCCUGCUGAAUGGCCUUUAAUUAUUAAUAACGACUUUAAAACAUUGUUGGUUGAAAAAGGUCCUCCUGCUCCGUUAAAUGCAAAUUUUGUAUUUCCUUCAGAUGAUCAAGGACGAAAAUUCACACAAUUUCAUUACAAACGAAGUAUGAGUAAUGGAGAAAAUGUCACAAGGACAUGGCUUGUGUACUCUAUUUCCAAUGACGUAAUAUUUUGUUUUUGCUGUAAACUAUUUGAUAAUUCAAACUCUAAGUUGGCUUUAGAAGGCUAUAAUGACUGGAGGCAUUGUACACAAAUGUUAAAAGGACAUGAAACAUCAAAAAAUCAUUUGACCGCAUAUAGUACAUGGUUAGAAUUGUCAUUGAGGUUAAAAAAAACAAAAACAAUUGAUGAUGUAAACCAACGUAUUUUAGAAUCUGAGUGUAGGCAUUGGAAUGAAGUUUUACAACGGAUCAUGUCGGUAGUACAAUUUCUUGGUCAUCAAAAUUUAGCUUUUCGUGGAUCAUCUGAUCAGUUAUUCAAACAUAAUAAUAGAAAUUUUUUAAAAUUAAUUGAACUUAUGGCUAAGUAUGAUUCUGUGAUGGCUGAACAUGUAAGAAGAAUAAUUAAUAGUAAAAAAAAUAUAAGCCAUUAUUUAGGAAAAGAUAUUCAAAAUGAGAUGAUUGAUUUAUUAGCUCAGUCUAUUAAGUCUCGCAUAGUUACUAUGGUUAGCGAAGCGAAGUAUUAUAGUAUUAUACUAGAUUGUACUCCUGAUAUAAGUCACUCGGAGCUCAUGACUGUUAUUAUUCGUUUUGUGUUAAUUGAAGAUUCAAAAGUUACCAUCCGUGAACAUUUUCUUGGUUUUAUUUCAGUUGAAAUUAGUACUGGAGAAAAUCUUUGUGAUGUACUUUUAAGCAUAUUACGUGAGCUGAAUAUACCUUUGAGUAAUAUGCGAGGACAAGGAUAUGACAAUGGAGCCAAUAUGAAAGGUGUGCACUCCGGAGUCCAACGGCACAUUCGAAAUAUUAAUCCACGUGCAUUUUUUGUUCCUUGUAGUGCGCAUUCCUUAAAUCUUGUUGUAAAUGAUGCCGCAAAAUCUUCAAAAGAAGCUGUAGGUUUUUUCAUAUAA